AUCAUAAAUCUGACCUAUUUUUGAGCUAGAGUAAGCUAGUAUCGGGAGAGGAGGGAGCAUUAACGUCAGUCUGUUUGCAUUGGCCUACCUAGGUUCUCUGCUUAGUUGUAGUAUUUGAUUUUCAUAGUUAUAACCCCGAGUACUGAUAUUGGAAGAGUUACUAACCUUGUCAAAACUUUCAUGACUAGAAUUUAGACCUGCUUUUUGUACACACAUGCAUACAUGUGUAAAAAUAGAUAAAUUGCCGCUGAACAUUCUAGUUUCAGACAAUAACUUUUAUGUAUUGCCCCGUAUAUUAACAAAUUAUUGCCAAUAUUGUUAGAUUAUAAGAUUGAGCUUUAGAAUUGAUGGCUAAAAUAAUGCAAGACUGUACACUCUGCAUUUUAGUUAGUUUGUGUCUACAUUUACUAGAGAACUGUUUUGUUUUUAUUUAUUUUUGCUUGUCAAACAUCAGAACAUUGGCCAGAAACAAACCCAGGCACUUCAGGGAGGCUAAAAGAGUUGAUCCAAAGCCCUUUACUGUCUCUGCCCCUAGCAGUUCGGAAGCGUACGUUCCAGCUGUAUGCUACGAUGCCGUACUUAUAGGGGAAGCAUAAAGAACCGAGUCCAGACUUGCGGUCCUGCCUGCUGCAGGGUGCUUUGGAAUAUCGAGGAAGAGCGAAACUCUGAGGUUAAACCUUUAGAGAACUUGCAGAGGCUUUGAGGGAAAGCUGUCGGUAUUACAGCCUUCUGUCUUGGAAAGACUCUUGAUGCUUAAUCUGUAAAAUGAAGCAAGGUCUCCUUCCUAGCUUAGAAGAUCUACUUUUCUAUACUAUUGCAGAAGGACAAGAAAAAAUACCGGUUCAUAAAUUCAUAACUGCACUCAAAUCUACCGGAUUACGUACAUCUGAUCCCCGAUUGAAAGAGUGCAUGGAUAUGUUAAGACUGACCCUUCAAACAACUUCAGAUGGUGUUAUGCUGGACAAAGACCUUUUUAAAAAGUGUGUACAAAGUAAUAUUGUGUUGCUUACUCAAGCUUUCAGGAGGAAGUUUGUCAUUCCAGAUUUUAUGUCGUUUACUUCACAUAUUGAUGAGCUGUAUGAAAGUGCUAAAAAACAAUCUGGAGGAAAGGUUGCUGACUAUAUUCCACAACUGGCCAAGUUCAGCCCUGAUUUGUGGGGUGUAUCACUUUGCACAGUGGAUGGACAGAGGCAUUCUGUUGGCGAUACCAAAGUUCCAUUUUGUCUUCAGUCCUGUGUAAAGCCUUUGAAAUAUGCUAUUGCUGUUAAUGAUCUUGGCACAGAGUAUGUGCACAGAUAUGUUGGUAAAGAGCCUAGUGGAUUAAGAUUCAACAAACUGUUCCUGAAUGAAGAUGACAGGCCUCAUAACCCUAUGGUGAAUGCUGGAGCAAUUGUGAUCACAUCUUUAAUCAAGCAAGGAGCAAAUAAUGCAGAAAAAUUUGACUACGUGAUGCAAUUCAUGAAUAAAAUGGCUGGUAAUGAGUAUGUUGGAUUCAGUAAUGCUACGUUCCAGUCCGAAAGAGAGAGUGGAGAUAGAAACUUUGCGAUCGGCUAUUACUUGAAAGAAAAAAAGUGCUUUCCUGAAGGCACGGAUAUGGUUGCUAUACUAGACUUCUAUUUUCAGCUUUGCUCGAUAGAAGUGACAUGUGAGUCGGCAAGUGUGAUGGCAGCAACUCUGGCUAACGGCGGCUUUUGCCCAAUCACUGGUGAAAGAGUACUGAGUCCUGAAGCAGUCCGGAACACCUUGAGCUUAAUGCAUUCCUGUGGCAUGUACGACUUCUCAGGGCAGUUUGCCUUCCAUGUUGGUCUUCCUGCAAAGUCUGGAGUUGCUGGUGGGAUUCUUCUGGUUGUUCCUAAUGUCAUGGGCUUGAUGUGCUGGUCACCUCCUUUGGACAAGAUGGGCAACAGUGUGAAAGGAAUUCACUUUUGUCAUGAUCUGGUUUCUUUGUGCAAUUUCCAUAACUACGAUAAUUUGAGACACUUUGCAAAAAAGCUUGAUCCUCGCAGAGAAGGUGGUGAUCAGCGGGUGAAGUCUGUGAUAAAUCUGCUCUUCGCUGCCUACACGGGGGAUGUGUCUGCACUCCGGAGGUUUGCUCUGUCAGGAAUGGAUAUGGAACAAAGGGACUAUGACUCACGAACAGCCCUGCACGUGGCAGCUGCGGAAGGACACGUGGACGUUGUUAAAUUUCUCCUGGAAGCAUGCAAAGUGAAUCCUUUCCCCAAAGACAGGUGGAAUAACACUCCUAUGGAUGAAGCUUUACAUUUUGGACACCACGAUGUAUUUAAAAUUCUUCAAGAAUAUCAGGUCCAAUACACGCCAUCAGAGGAUUCCAACAACGGAAAGGAGAACCGAACGGUUCAUAAAAAUCUGGAUGGCUUACUAUAAUCAUCUUCAGCUAGAUCCUAAGAAUCAAAUCACUUACCUAUUUAAUUGUGGUAUACAUAAGUAAUGAAGAGCGUGUGUGUUUCUAUCUGAUAGUGGUAUAUAUUUUACAGAAGUCGCUGUUACUUCAGUGUUAUGUUACAGGAAUUUCUAUACGCACAGGACAAAUCCAAUCUCUCUCAAAAGAAACAAAACCAACUAAGAAUCUCCCUCCAUAAUGUGAGCAAUAUUACCUCAUGCUGCAUAUAAUUGAUGUAUAAAAAUAUUUAGCUGUUGUUGGCUUUACUGUGCACUACUUAAUUUAUUUUUGUGUUCUAUGUGAACUCUAGUCUGUGGUCAGGAAUUUUUCUGCUGAAUUUUUGUUUCUGUAGCCCUCCGUUUCCAGUAUGGCCGAGAUGAGCCAGAGUACUGUCAGGCGUGAGCGUCAGCGAGGUUUUUCAGAAGCUGAGGAUGCUGAUGUAGAUUUAGGCUGGGUGUGUUAAGUAAGGAUCUGCACUUAUCUUUGGGGAAAAAUUAAAAAAAAAAAAAAAAAUUCCACACAACCUUGUUUACAUAAUAUAAAUAUCAAAAGAGUAUAUAGGUGAUGGUUGUCAAUGGUCUAGGCUUGUUCUUAGAGAUAGUCUUGUCAGGGAAUCUGUUUUAAGGUUUGUUUGACCAAAUGGCAUAGAGGAACGCGACCUGUAACAUCGAACAGCGUUUAGUGGGGUUUUUGUUUUUGUUUUGGAAGCGUUUCUUGCGGUUCCCUUUGUCUCGCCUCGCCCCCCUCUCUGCCUGUUCAGCUGCUGAAGCGCUUCCCCUGCGCCCGGGGCGAGCGGGUGCCUCCACUCGACGCAGUCGCGUUCCUUGCAGGCGCGUUGCACCACGGCAAGCCUUGGCAAGCGGCACCCCCCGUUCGGGCUGACCUGCGGUGGUCUUGGCGGCUGCACCAGGAACCGGCGGGGGGGAUGGAAGUAUGCGCAAGGCAAAGUACUAAACCAAAUAUUACGUGUAAAUCUGACUUCAUUUAGGCUCGCAAUGAGGAACACGGAUGGAGCGAAACAGCUUUAAGGAGCAUAGAGCCAAUCGAUGCGUGAGCAGAGCAGGAGCUAAGCCAAAUUUUGGGGUAUGUUCUCUUCUUGCACUGCCACCACCCGGGGAGCAGGAUAUCGCAUCGGUGGGAUUCCGCUGGUACAGAGCAGGGGUUCAGCAACAGGAGCACAAGUAGGUGAUGCCUUUUGUGGUGGACGGUGGCAUUUACUGCCUCGCCGCUGAAGCCACCUCGGCACGUGCCCCGCCGUGGGGGCAGAUCUUUGUUGUUUGCAGUUCCCUGUCCCACGUGCAAUUGCUUCUGCCAAUUCUGUGGCGUAAAACCUCGGCGGUGAGCGGUCACUUCAAGUUAGGCGUUCGAUAUUCACAAAACACCGCAGUUGUUGGGACACAGGCAAGAAUUUUAGCACAAGGAUUUUAGGCAAGAGUCGUUUAGCACAUGGAAAAGGAGAUUGUGCUUGAGAAUUGUGUAUAUGGCUAUUUUUAUCCUAGCACAUAGUGUGUAAGUCAUUAGUAGAUCUCAAAGUUCACAUUUUCUGUGUUUAGGCACCAAACUCCUCCUGAAAUAAUGCCCAAAUUCUUUCUAGAACGGCCCAAGCACUUUAUAAAGACGAUCUGAACCACGUUACCCUCCUUUUGCAAAUGGGUACUCUAAGGCAUAGAGAGAAGGAACUUCUCCAGAGUGACCCAGCAGGUCGGUAUAGCUGAGAAUAAAUCCUCCCAAGUUCCUGUACAGUCUCUCGUCACGAUGCCAUACUGCCUCCCUGCAGGGAGGACAAAUCGCAUGGAAAAGUGCUUGAUACUCAUCACGAGCAGUGACUGUCUUCAUGAUGAUGAAAUCCUGGAAGAGUCUGAAAGUCGAAAGCCCUGAAAUAGCAUGUCGAAGCUGGCUGGCAUGGUUAUCAAACACUUUUUCUUGAGAAUCUUACUGUUCUUCAGCUGCUUUUUUUUUCUCGCCUUUUUUUUCUGAAGAUCAGCUAUUUUUCUGAAGGCUUUUAACCCGUUCUUUUUGCGUCCUGUGUCACAGCUACCUUUGUUGUAAUCAAGAACUAAACGAAACGGCCUCUGGCUCUUUGUUGAGCCGCAUGGGUCCCUGAGUAGCACAAGGCCUCUUUGCUGCACCCUCAACUAAAUCCCAACAUGUUUUCUCUGGCAACAGAUCUGUCAACUUCUUUAGCGUAGAGACAUAUUUUCAGAUGGAUUCUAGUUUAGUAUUCUGUAUCUCAGUGCUAAUCUGACUUCUUCCAUAUCUUUUCCUUUAGCUUCUCAGAAAAAUACCUGAUUUAGCUUUAUUUAACUGAAAUUUGCAUUGCUCAAACUGGCAUUUUUAAAAGAUAGGUAUAUUAUAUAAUAGACAUCGUAUUAAAAAAAAAAAAAACCAAAACAAAACCAAACAACAUCAACCAAAAAAAACCCCAAACCAAAAGAAGGAUUUUGACUGAGUUAAUGUUGAAGAUCAUGGCUGUCCCUAAACUUAACGCUUCCCUGAAUCAUACUGAGUGCUUUUAGCCGGUCUUAGCUUCAGUGCAUUUUUGCUGGUUAGUUUUAGUAUUUUCUCAUUGUGAGAAGAUGCAUUAUUUUGUAAUGUCAAAUUCAGCGAUGCAGCUAUUUAGACAUGGCGUUAUUUAUAAAUAUAAAUAUAUGCAGUACAUUGGUUUGGCUGUUUCUCAUUCAUGACACUGACAUGUAGGUUUUACCGUAAAUAGCUUUUGGUUAUCUUAUCAAAUGCUGACUUCCUUAUGCUCCAAAGAGGAUUCCCCCACUCCUUUGUUUUUGUCAUAUAUGUUUCUUCUGUAUCACAACCUAAAAUCGUUAAGCUAACUUAAUGCUUUGUACUCAGAAAUAUUGUGAUAGUCUUAGCAUUAAUUAGCCUAUCUUUGUGAACAAAAUGUAUCGUACCAGACUUUUUUGCUUCAGAGCUGGCCUAUCAGUGACUAUACUUACUGGCAGUGUACUUCUGGUCCUUGUAACUGACUGGGCUGAUCGUGACUUUUAGAUUCUGUAUUGUGGGGAACAGACAGUGAUGAAUGUAUUUCUAGCAGUUUCCCAUGAAUGAAUCUAAACUUGAGCUGUACUGGUUCUGAAAAGGAAAGUUAUUUAUUUUAAGAAAUAAAAUCCAGAUAGUGUUGCUUUUUACAGCAUAAUAAAUGGAAAUACCAAGGUG